AUGAGCAAACCAAACAAGAAGAAGACUCGUCAAUACGCGGUGGAGUUUUUGAAGUUUGGAUUCAUUCCUGAUGAGCAUAAACUGUUUUGCUUAUUAUGUAAUCAGACGAUGAGCAAUGAGUCAAUGAAGGCAGGUAGGCUGGAAGUGCACUUAAAGGUAAGACAUCCUAAUAAUUCUAAUUUAGAUUUGGAAUACUUCAAAUCAUUGAAAGAAAAAUUUAAAAACCGAACAAAACUCACUUCACUAUUUCAUGCAAAACAAGCGCCUCAUACUCGUGCCCUUGAAGCCAGCUACGAAAUCUCCUUGCUUAUAGCAAAACAUGGAAAGAAUCACACUAUUGGAGAGCAACUGAUUAAACCUGCUAUCUCAAUAUUCUUAAAAACUGUAUUACAAAAAGAUGAUGGAGAUAGGACUAUGCCACUCAGUAAUAACACUGUCUCGAACAGAAUAGAUGAAAUGGGGCAAGAUGUUGAAAGCCAGCUCAUUGAGAAAUUAAAAUUGCGUAAGUUUUCAUUACAAAUGGACGAAUCCACAAUCCGGGACAGUGAGGCUCUAUUAUUGACUUAUGUGAGGUAUAUUGACCACAAGGAGUUUCAGGAAGAGAUGCUGUUCUGCGAAUCGUUUGAAACCACCACAACUGCAAAUGAUAUUUACAUCAAAAUCAAACAUUAUUUGGAUGCAAACAAAUACCAAAGGAAAACUUACUGGCAUGUGCGGCAGACGGUGCACCUGCCAUGA